AUGCUCGACGCCAACUUCACCUACUCUAGGGAUCUCUUCCAGGGGUGCAAAAGCCAAGAUGUUCGCUUCAUCUACGCAUCGUCCGCCGCCGUCUACGGAAACAAACCUACCUUCACAGGGGGAACGCCAAGCGAGCUAUUAUGGACGUCUAUGGAUACUCAAAGACGUUGUUCGAUGGCUGCCUGUGGUUGUGAGAAAUAUUCCUUAAAAUACACCAUUGCUGCAGGCGAGCGUCUGGUUGUAGUCCUUAUCCACAGACCGCCUGGCCUCCCAUUCAGUGAGAACACCACACUUGGAAGCAGCCUCGCGAAGAGCGAUUCCACCAUCUGUGAUCCAGUCAUCGCUAAUGAUUGUGAAUUUAUGUGA